GCAGGAGGUAAAGUGUUUAGGCUCUCCGAACUGCUGGACCGUGGCCUCAUCAAAUACGAAGCGAUCACUUAUGAAGACUUCUUACCAAUUUCAGCAGCCGGCAUCUUCACAUCCAACCUCAAGGGAUUCUCCAAUACCAAGAGGAAGGAGGCUCAAGGGAACAGACAACUCCUCGAGCAAGCUCUUCCCACCAAGGUGCUUGACUCGACUGCAUUGUACGAGCAACUGGAAGUAGAAAGUAUAGAGAAUUGUCGGAAGGCCUUGGGUUUGCUCGGGAUCAAAUCAGAUUGA